UUUUUACAGAUGAAGCUGCUUGUUGAAAAGACCAAUUCUAUCAGCAAUGUCAAAGAAGAGUGACUUUACUGAUCUAGGACUUUUCUGGAGGGGAGGCUCUAAGACCAGCAAGACCAGCAAUGCAGUGAGUUCUACUGGAGGACUUAACUUUGGGACAUUGGGCUCAACAGCUAGCUCUACAACAACAGCUUCUUCUGUGGGUUUCGGGACUGGGCUUUGUGCAAAGCCUGCUACUGGUUUUACGUUAGGAGGGGCUAAUACAGGAACAGCAACGACCAUUGCUACAGGAUUAACAUUAGGCACACCUGCAUCUACUUCUGCCUCUACCGCAGGCCUUAGUUUAGCAUUUAACAAACCUGCAGGAUCAGCUACACCAUUUGCUCUGCCAGUUACCUCUACCUCUACUGGUCUCACACUUUCUUCUGCCCUAACAUCAGCUCCAGCAGCAGGAUCUUCUGGCUUUACGUUAAAUUUGGGAGGCACAGCUGCACCAACCACAAGUGCAUCCACAGGCCUUUCUCUGGGAGGAGCCUUGGCUGGUUUAGGAGGGACACUAUUCCCCAACGCAAGCACAUCUACAACAGGGCUUGGGCAGAAUGUAUUUGGUUUGACUCUUGGAACAGCUGCAGCACCUGCUGCUACAGUUAAUGGAGGUCUUGGUGGCAUAGACUUCAGUAGUUCUUCAGAUAAAAAGAGUGACAAAACAGGAACAAGAGCAGAGGAUAGUAAAGCACUAAAAGAUGAAAAUCUACCUCCAGUAAUUUGCCAAGAUGUUGAAAAUCUUCAGAAGUUUGUAAAAGAACAAAAGCAGGUUCAAGAGGAAAUCAGUCGGAUGUCUUCUAAAGCAAUGCUUAAAGUACAGGAAGACAUCAAAGCUUUGAAACAGCUUUUAUCAGUGGCUGCCAGUGGAUUACAGAGAAAUACUCUUAAUAUUGAUAAAUUGAAAGUGGAAACUGCUCAGGAACUUAAAAAUGCUGAAAUAGCAUUAAGGACACAGAAAACUCCUCCUGGCCUUCAACAUGAAAAUACAGCACCUGCAGACUACUUCAGGAUCUUGAUAGAGCAGUUUGAAGUACAAUUGCAGCAGUACAGGCAACAAAUUGAAGAACUGGAAAACCAUCUUGCCACCCAAGCAAAUAAUUCACAUAUAACUCCACAAGAUUUAUCCAUGGCUAUGCAGAAAAUUUACCAGACAUUUGUAGCUCUUGCUGCACAGCUUCAAUCAAUCCAUGAAAAUGUGAAGAUGCUCAAAGACCAGUAUCUUGGUUAUAGAAAAAUUUUUCUCGGGGAUGCAGUGGAUGUAUUUGAGGCGAGGCGAGCAGAAGCAAAGAAGUGGCAGACUGCCCCCCGGGUUACAACUGGACCUACUCCUUUCAGCAACAUACCAAAUGCAGCGGCCGUUGCCAUGGCUGCAACACUUACACAGCAGCAACAGCCUGCUACAGGGCCACAGCCGACUCUGGGAAUUAGUUUUGGAACGCCAUUCGGUUCAGGUAUUGGCACUGGCUUGCAAUCAAGUGGCUUAGGCUCUUCAAGCCUUGGAGGGUUUGGAAGUAGUUCUGGUUUUGGAAGCAGUGCCACAGGCGCACCAUCAUUUGGAUUUGGAGCAACAAAUAAGCCUUCAGGAAGCCUUAGUGCAGGCUUUGGCAGUUCAAGCACAUCUGGGUUUAACUUCAGCAAUCCUGGCAUCACUGCAUCUGCUGGCCUGACAUUUGGGGUGUCCAAUCCAGCAUCUGCAAGCUUUGGCACAGGAGGACAACUUCUUCAGCUGAAGAAACCUCCAGCUGGAAACAAGAGGGGAAAGAGAUAAAUGUGAAAAGGGAGGGGGGAGGGUUGGGUUCAAAGGAAAGGGACAAUUGCAUUCACUUCAUUCAUCCUAAAAUAAUCUAUUUUUUUAAGCUGAUAUAGUAGAUGCUCGGUGUCCUUGGAGAUUUAUAACAUUUUGUUACUUCUUCCCUUUCUGGAUUAUAAAAUGUAAUUGUAACAAGCAGCUUUUGUGAAUCAAGGAAGGCUCACUUACCUGCUUUGUUUGUUUCUUUGUAUUUUAGAUAUGUACCUCAUUAUUAAAGACUGCUGUAAAACCAUCUAUUUAACAUAAUAUUAGUAAGAUGAUAUUUUUGUUAAUUUGCUUUAAACCUUAGAGAAUGAUGCAUAUUUGGUUUGUACAAAUAAAAUAUAUUCUAGUACA